AUAGAGUUGUCACAUGCUUUUGGUCUGUGAGGGCGCAGUAAGGUCCCGCUUCAGCCCGUGUACCCAGACACCAUGGCAGACAUGCAAUGAAAUGUCAACAUUGAACACCAACUGUGAGAAGCACCUUAGGAAGUGGCCUAGGGCGCAGAGGCGGAAAGUGCGGCCACACGAACAGGCGUGGCGGCCAAUCAGCCGCCGGCCUCCGUUCCGCGCUCCAACGGGCGCGGAGAGCGGGCCUGAGGGAGGCCGUGGCAGCUGUCAGGCUAAAGUCCGGCGAGCGAUCGCGGCGGGACGGCGGCGGCGGGACGGGCCCUGGAGAUGAGCCGUGGCGCCGCGGGCUGGUGCUGUCUCGUGCUCUGGCUGCCCACGUGCGUCGCGGCCCACGGCUUACGCAUCCAUGACUACUUAUACUUCCAAGUGCUGAGUCCUGGGGAUAUUCGCUACAUCUUCACAGCCACACCUGCCAAGGACUUUGGUGGUAUAUUUCAUACACGGUAUGAGCAGAUUCACCUCGUCCCUGCUGAACCUCCAGAGGCCUGUGGGGAACUCAGCAACGGCUUCUUCAUCCAGGACCAGAUCGCUCUGGUGGAAAGGGGGGGCUGCUCCUUCCUCUCUAAGACCAGGGUGGUGCAGGAGCAUGGUGGGCGGGCUGUGAUCAUCUCGGACAAUGCAGUUGACAAUGACAGUUUCUACGUGGAGAUGAUUCAGGAUAGUACUCAACGCACAGCUGACAUUCCUGCCCUCUUCCUGCUCGGCCGAGAUGGCUACAUGAUCCGACGUUCUCUGGAACAGCAUGGGCUACCAUGGGCCAUCAUCUCUAUCCCAGUCAAUGUCACCAGUAUCCCUACCUUUGAGCUGCUGCAACCUCCGUGGACUUUCUGGUAGAAAAGCUGACUCCAGGUUCCAGUGACAAUUGACUCGUGGGAAGAGGAACCCCAAGAUUCUGCUAUUGAAAGUUUGGAGAUAGAUUUUGAGGGCAAGUGGGGCCACUAAGACGACAGGGCAGCCAGACUCCCGCUUUCCCUUCCCCGGGGCCUGCAAGGACAUCUCAUGCUUCAGGAAGAGGCAUCUGGCUAGAAUUUGGAACAAAAGGUGCUAAAGGCAGGUGGCCCUGACACAUAGCACCUGUUUCAGCUUCCAGCAGCCAGGACCUCCUCAAUGAGCCUUGUAGCUGUUGCUGAAGUGGUUUAAAGAAGUGGUACUUGGGGACUAGUAAGCCCCUACUUUUAGCAAUAAAGCCAAAUAAAGCUCAUCAGGUUUGUGCCUGUGUCCUAAACUAA